UGGAGCACCAACGAGAAGCACUUCUCGCCGGAAGACUUGAAGAGCCCUUCGAAAUAUCUCACGAAGCUUGAUCGCGACAGCCCAUAGUUCCUCAGCAAGAUGCGGCGAACGCGCCACGUAGUGCUACCCGUACGAUCCUGGCAGUACAUCGGAUUUCUAAUAGUAUCGUUGGCGUGUCUAACUUUAGGAUUGGUAUCCAGGGAUAGGGAAGGACAUGCUGGAAGUCUCGCAGGUCCUGAACUCACGCAUCGAGCUCCCCACGAAGUGGACGCCUGUCCGAAUUUGAAUCCUUUCGUCGAAAGCCUGAUUGCCGAACCGAAAAAAGUUACAAAACCGGCGAUUAAUAAUCAUCAAAUGAAAGUAUCUGAACUUAGAGCACCUAUGUCUCGAAAGUCCGUACUUCCUCGAUCACUGAGUCUGGAUCGCUCGUCUAGGAGCAGUUUGCAGGAAACCAGAGAGCGAUUGUCUAGAAACCGAGAUCUGAGGACAGUCGAGAGACUUUCAAGAUCGACGAGUCGCAUAUCCAACGACGAACCCAUCAACCGUGUUCAAGAAUCUCGAUUUAGAACGAUUGCGCAAUCCCGUGACGCCAGGAACUCAUUCGAUCUCGCCACUCGAUUCUCUCGAUCGCGGGAUUUGUCUAAUCGAGCAACCGGUCGCCGUUCUGUCGAGCAAAAUCUCGAACGACGUUUGGCCGAUUCUGCAAAUUCUCGUCUUGAAAAUCGCAGAUCGCGAUCCAUGGAACGGCGGGAGUUUAGCGAAAUCGCGCGACAACAAAAUCGCGAUCGAUCAGCGGAUCGGCGAGACUCUUUGAAUUUUCAACGUCGUACGAGCAAUUAUCGUGACCGUCAAUCACUCCCAGAGCGACGAAUCAAUCGGCAAGAAUCUCGCGAAAUCCUAAUCUCUGGUCGUCGCGAACAUCGAGAUCUAACACGAAAUCGUGUUCCGAAUUACCGAUCUGAGAUACGCGAACGUAGAUCUGUCGAGCGUCGCAUGUCAAUCAAACAUCGAGACGUGGAUCGUCGGGAGGACAACAAAAAUCUUUUGAAAUCAGCAAGAUUCGCACGAGGAGAUAUCGAUCGCAACAAUAAUAUGGAUCGCCGAAACCGCGAACGAUCUCUGGAAAAUCGCCGAGCUCUUCUCGAUCGCGUUGCUAAUCAAGAACAUAGAUCGCGAUUAUCGGUCGCUAUCAGGAAUUCUCGUGGAGAUCUUGUUAAAUCUGACGAUCGUCGAACGUUGUCUCGAUCAAUGGAACGUUCAAGUGUCAAUAAUCUCAAUCGCGAAACUCUUAGUAGACGAGUUAGAUCGGUUGAAUCCAACACCGAGAGAUCCGAAGAACGCAGAUCGUCCUUCGAACGUAGAUCAUUGGACCGAUCUAUGGAACGUCGUGAAAUAGCAGGACACCAGAAAGCAGAGAAUCGUUUUGGCGAUCGAAAAUCCGUCGAUCGAAUGUCGCGAGCCUCAUCCGAAAACUUGCGUCGAGAAAGAAUCGAUCGCUCACAAAGGGCUGCAAGUCGACGUGACACGCGUGAAAACACGGCUAUCAGGGAGAAUUAUAGAAUGGCACGAUCACGUUACGACGUCGAAGAAAUUGCGAAUCGAGAACGAAGAGAAAGAUUCGCACGAUCCUCCCGUUUAAUUGAUCGUAAUUCGGCAGAUCGUCGGGAAAUCGCGAGGAUUAGAGACUCCAGAGAUUACAAUCAUAGAUCGCGCGAUGCUGCGACAGCAGAACGACGAGAUUCGACUCAGGAACAGCGAGAAAGGACGAAUCGUUUGUACCGAUCACGCGAAGAACAAAGGAUCGUUCCUCAGAGAUCACGCGAGGUUGAACGACGUGUGUUCGAACGAAGAGUUCCGGAAAGGCGAGUUUUGGAGCGACGAAUCAUUUUGGAUUCAGCACGUCUCGAUUCGCGAAGAUCGUCGGAACGAAGGAUCGACGACAGCUUAAAAUCGCGUGAAGGAUCCAGAUUAGCAGACCGUUCGGAACGAAGCCUGGAAACACGAGUUUCUCGCGGAAGAAUCCUAGAAAAGCGAUCUAUUCUUAAUUCUCGAAGAUCUUCAGAACGAAGGCUCGACGACAAUUCUAAAUCGCGUGAAGAAUUUAGACUAGCAGAUCGACGUUCAGAACAGAGUUCAGAAGCACGAGUUUCUCGCGGAAGAAUCCUAGAAAAGCGAUCUAUUCUUAAUUCUCGAAGAUCUUCAGAACGAAGGCUCGACGACAAUUCUAAAUCGCGUGAAGAAUUUAGACUAGCAGAUCGACGUUCAGAACAGAGUUCAGAAGCACGAGUUUCUCGCGGAAGAAUCCUAGAAAGGCGAUCUACUUUCGACUCUCGAAGACCUUUAGAACGAAGGAUCGACAAUUUGAAAUCACGCGAAGGAUCCAGACUAGCAGACCGACGUUCGGAACGAAGCCUGCAGGAAUCGCGAGUUUCUCGAGGAAGAAUCGUGGAAAAACGAUCUAUUCUUGAUUCUCGAAGGUCUUCAGAACGAAAGAUCGACGACAACUCAAGGUCGAGUGAAAAAUCGAGGAUGCAGGAUCGGCGCGUGGAACGGAACUCCGAAUUGCGAAAUUCGAUGCUUCCAAUGGAGCGCAAAGCAAAUUCUAAAACAGCAUCUCUCGAGAACCAAGCACUACGUUCAUCAGAAACACGACGCGAAAUCAGACGUCUCGCAGAGCGCCGAAUGGCUCAAUCAGUCGAGAAUCGACCAGUUGAGUUUCGUGAAAGAGAGUCCAUCAGACACUUGCGUCAAAGAUCAGCGAGGAACAUCGAGGACUCAUCGCGACUCUCUUCUCUUCGCCGAGUCAUCCGUGUACCUGAACAAAAUCGCGAACAACGAAGAUUGUCUGCUGAGAGGACGCUUACUAGAACCGUGAACAAUGAACGAUUAUCCGCAAAAUGGGAACGAAACUUGCAGGACGCACGCAUUGAAAGAAAUGUGGAAAUCAGGGCAAAAAUCGUUUCUAACUCAAUGAAGGACUACAAAUUUUUCAAGUAUCCUAUGGCUUACGAUCUUAUGAGGCAAGCUUUCAUCGUGGCAUUAUGUACUGUUUAUGGAUUUUCCCUCUAUAAUGGAAAAAAAUCUUUUCUUGGGAGCAACAUAAUCCAGCAUGCCCAGCGCUUCAUAGUUUGGUAAAAUAAAAUAUAAUCGGCUACUGAACAACGGCAAUGAAAAUCGUUAUCCUCUGGACCUCUGCUUCUAUCGAUCUUAUUAUUUUAUGAAUUAAGAUAUUACGUUGCAAUAUGUGUAAUGUGUAAUGUUCCCAAAAAUAAUCAGAAUGUAGAUUAAUGUAGAUUAAUGUACAGCUCAUAUAUGUCCUGUAGAAAUGUGUAUAUCUAAGAAGAUAUAUUUUGUGCGAAAAUAAAAUA